CCCGUCAACCUUCCCGAGAUCCAAUACUCCAUCAAUGUCCAGCUCCCGACGAACGCGGACGGCAGUUACCUUAAUCUCAACAAGCUGGUGUCUUUCAUGCCUCAUUUCGUACAUUCGUUAGGACCGUUGGCGGAUGGUGCGGUCUUCGGAGAAGUCGAGCUAUACUCUGGGAUGUCGGCUGUUUAUGUCGAGUCCUUACUCGCGGACCACGUAGGUGUGACGGCGAUGGAUGCCUGCAUCAAGGGUACUUUCUACGCCUUCGGCUCCCUUCGCUUGCACACCUCUGGUGCGCCGAUCACGGCCCGCACCCACCUCUUCAACCUUGACGUCACUGAGCCGACGCGUCUGGACAUGCGGACAACCGACGCCGAGAUUCAUAGCGAGGUCAGCCUCCUCUGCGGCACGCCCGACGAGCACCACCCCAGCGGCCCCGGGGCGUUCAGCCUGUCCGCUCACAACCGUGGCGGACCCGUCAACCUCGCCGUCCUCGACGCCCCCUUGUCCAACCACUUGCGCGUCCACGCGAGCGCGCACGACGCCCCCGCCACCGUGGCGCUGCCGCCCUCGUACGAGGGCGGGUUCGAAGCGCGCACUACGUACGGCCCACGCCCCGUGGUCGAGUGGCGUGAGGAGCUUGUGGACCCAGCCGGGCUUGGAAGGAAGCGCGGCGCACGCUGGGGCUCGGUUCAGAGAGGGCGCGUUGCGGGACGGGUUGGUUGGGGGGCUGCGUGGUCGCCGUGGGGCGAGGAGUCGGAGACGUUUGGAGAUGAGGGGAACAUGGUGGUCGUUGAGUCGUGGGAGGACCAGGCGACCUUGAUCCUGUGA